AUGCGACCAUUGCAAAGCGUAGCGCUACACCACCAAUGUGUGUGCAAACGAGACAACAUGCUGUCGAGAGGGAUUAAGUACCAGCGGCUGGACGACCUGGAUAUUGGAGAGUCCAGCCAGGAGUUAGUGGCGGUGCGAGUGCCAAUAAAUGGCAUGACCUGCCAGUCCUGCGUGAAGGGCAUCGAAGGUACCAUCAUUGAAGUGCCGGGUGUCAAUCACGUGAAGGUUGAGUUGGCAGAGAAGGCCGGGUACUUCAAAUAUGACCCGCGGGUGUGCUCCGUGGAGGCCAUCAGGUCUCGUAUAGAAGAUAUGGGGUUCGAGGUCCCGGGCGAGUCAGCGAAAGACCACGAGGAAGAGACCAGACAACUGCUACCGACAGAGAUACCCACCGACCUCCUCAUAGACAUGACGGGUGUCAUCGCAUCCGACCAGACGGAAGUGUUCCUAUCAGUGGUCGGCAUGACGUGCCAGUCGUGCGUCAAUUCUAUUGAAGGAUUACUAAAAAACUUGCCUGGCGUAAUACACCCAGCGGUGGACUUAGCGGCGGGAGCCGCGCGUGUUCGGUGCACGAGAGGCGCGGUCACGCCGCAGCAGGUCGCAGAUACAAUCUCCGGCGCCGGGUUCGACGUCACUAUCGUAUCUGUCGACGGACACCAGUAUAGUGAGAGUAAGUCACAAACUGUAACCGAUCCCUCGCCAACGGCGGCAUCGGGAGAUGGUAAAAAGCUACCAUCGGCCGUCAAAAGCAGGACACAAGCUAAUGGUACUUGUAAGCCGGAAGUGGAGUUGUCGAGGUGUACACUGGAGGUGCGCGGCAUGACUUGUGCAUCCUGCGUCGCCGCUAUAGAGAAGCAUUGCUCUAAAAUUAAAGGUGUCCAUUCAAUAAACAUAGGAUUACUAGCAGCGAAAGCGGAGGUCAAGUAUGAGCCGACAAUUAUAUCAGCAACUGCCAUAGCGCAUUCCAUCACCGACCUGGGCUUCUCGGCCGACGUCAUCAGCGACGGCGACGGCAGCGGCCAGAAGGACCUGGUGGUCAUGAUCAAAGGCAUGACGUGCGCGUCGUGCGUCAACAAGAUAGAGAAGUCGGUGCUGAAGCUGAGCGGCGUCAGCGCCUGCGCGGUAGCACUUACUACCUCCAAGGGUAAGAUAAGGUACAACGUGGAGCAGAUAGGCCCCCGCAGUAUAUGCGAGGCCAUCACGGGCCUGGGGUUCGAUGCCAGCGUCGUCACCGGCCCGCACAGGGGCGCUGCAGACUACCUCGAGCACAAAGAGGAGAUCAGGCGCUGGCGGAACACGUUCCUGGUGUCGCUGGUGUUCGGCGCGCCGUGCAUGGCCGCGAUGGUGUACUUCAUGAGCAUGAUGUCGCACCACUCCGCGCGCGACAUGUGCUGCGUGCUGCCGGGGCUCAGCCUCGAGAACCUCGUCAUGUUCCUCCUGGCCACGCCAGUACAGUUCAUUGGUGGGUGGCCGUUCUACAAGCAGGCGUACAAGGCACUCAGCCACGGCACCUCCAACAUGGAUGUGCUCGUCGCCAUGACCACCAGCAUCAGCUAUUUGUACUCUCUGGCCGUGGUGAUAGCGGCAAUGGCGAUGCAGCAGGACAUAAGUCCUAUGACCUUCUUUGACACGCCGCCCAUGCUGCUCGUGUUUGUCUCACUCGGACGCUGGCUCGAGAAUAUUGCUAAGGGUAAAACAUCAGAGGCGCUGUCAAAGCUGCUGUCGCUGAAGCCGACGGAGGCGCUGCUGGUGACCCUCGACGAGGACGGGAACGUCAUCAAGGAGAGGGGCGUGCCCGUCGACCUCGUCGAGAGGGGGGACGUGCUCAAAGUGAUCCCUGGAGCUAAGGUACCGGUGGACGGGCGCGUGUUGUCCGGACAGAGCACGUGUGACGAGUCACUCAUCACCGGCGAGUCCAUGCCUGUAGCCAAGACUAAAGAUAGCGUGGUGAUCGGCGGCAGCGUGAACCAGCACGGCGCGCUGGUGAUGGAGGCCACGCACACCGGGGACGCCAGCACCCUCGCGCAGAUAGUGCGCCUCGUCGAGGACGCGCAGGCCUCCAAGGCUCCAGUGCAGCGCCUCGCAGACACGCUCGCGGGGUAUUUCGUGCCGCUGGUAAUCUUCUUGUCUCUGCUGACGCUGGUCUGCUGGAUCGUGACUGGUGCCAUCGACGUGCAGCGCAUCAAGAAUGUCACUCCGGAGAUGUACCUGAACGCUGGCUACUCGGACUGGGAGCUGAUCGUGCAGACUGGGUUCCACUUCGCGCUGUCGGUGCUGGCCAUCGCGUGCCCGUGCGCGCUGGGGCUGGCCACGCCCACCGCCAUCAUGGUCGCCACCGGCGUCGGGGCGGACCUCGGGCUGCUCAUCAAGGGGGCCGAGCCCCUCGAGAACGCGCACAAGGUGAAGUGCGUGAUAUUUGAUAAGACUGGGACGGUGACCUGCGGGCGUACGGCGGUGGCGAGUGCGGCGCUGGUGACCGAGCCGGCCGCCCUGCCGCACGUGCUGGCCUGCCUGCGGGCCGCAGAACUCAACUCGGAGCACCCCGUCGCGGCAGCGGUGGUGCGGUGGUGCAGCGCGGCGCUGGGCCCGGCCCCGCCGCUGCCGUGCGCGGGGUUCGUGUCCGCGCCCGGCUGCGGCCUGCGGGCCCGCCUGCGCCCGCACGCGCUCCCGGGCAGCCUCCACACGCACAGGGCGGGCGGCGAGGAGUGCGUGGUGGGCGGCGUGCGGGUGAGGGUGGUGGCGGCCGGCGGGGACCCCGCGCUCAGCUCGGCGCAGGCCGCCGCGCGACUGCAGCGACUCAUACCCACCGCCACCCCCCAGGAAACAGAACAGGUCGUGCUUAUUGGCAACAGGGAAUGGAUGAUGAGGAACGGCGUGACGAUCCCGCCGAAGGUGCAUGAGAUACUGCAGGAAGACGAGGAGCUGGGCAGGACUGCUGUACUGGCCGCCAUCGAUGAUCAACUGGUCUGCACCCUGGGUAUAGCGGACGAGGUGAAGCCGGAGGCGCAUCUGGCGGUCUACUGCCUCAAGAAGAUGGGCCUGCAGGUGUGCCUUCUCACGGGCGACAACCGAAAGACAGCUGUCGCCAUCGCCAGACAGGUGGGAAUAACCAAGGUGUACGCGGAGGUACUACCCUCGCACAAGGUGGCCAAAAUAAAGGAGCUGCAAGAAAUGGGACAGAAGGUCGCUAUGGUGGGCGACGGCGUGAACGACAGCCCGGCGCUGGCCGGCGCGGACGUGGGCAUCGCCAUCGCCAGCGGCACCGACGUCGCAGCAGAGGCCGCGGACAUCGUGCUCAUGCGGAACGACCUGCUAGACGUGGUGUCGUGCUUGCGACUGUCGCGGACGACGGUGCGGCGCGUGCGGUUCAACUUCCUGUUCGCGUCCGUAUACAACCUGCUCGGGAUACCACUCGCCAGUGGAGCCUUCGCCGCAUACGGACUCCAAUUGGAGCCGUGGAUGGCGUCCGCUGCCAUGGCAAUGAGUUCAGUGUCCGUUGUAUGCUCCAGUUUAUUACUUAAAACCUUCAAGAAACAAACAACGGAACAGCUGGAGACGGCGGAGUACAAGCAGUCCGUCCAGCUGGUAGACCUGGACUCUGUGUCGGUCCACCGAGGACUAGGCGAGAGGAUCAACCUCGCAGACAGGGCCGCAUCGCCCCUCACCAAAUUGUUCCAACGUAAUAAAACAAACGACGGUUGUCUCCUUCAAGAAGACGACGACCUGAUGUCAGUGUCGUUCAUACCCAAACACCCGACCCGACACUCUCCCAGUCUCAACGGGUAACUUGUGAACCAACAUUAUACGAACUGGUAUAUGUUUGAAGGUCUCAAAUUGACACUAGUAGUGUAGGAAGUCAUUUAAUCUUUUUAGGGUCCCUUAAAGAUAGAAAAGAUCUUAAGGGUACAUCUUCCUGUAUAUUACCUUUUUUGUAACUAUUAUUAUAGCAACGAAACCGCUGUAUGUACACUAGUGUAAAUACUCAACGUAAAACUAAAAAAAAAUAAGACUGGUAUGUUUAGUGCACGAAAGGCAUUGUUUUUAAUAUCAUCGUCCGGCAAAUUUUUGACCAGUGGUGAAUUGGUCUAAAACUCAUACGAAGUAAAGUUAUGGAUAGUAUGAGUUUAUGACUUGCGAUAUGUGAACUUUGGUGGAAUGUGGUAGUAUUGUUUGUUAAUUUGUUUGUCCGGACGGUGACUUUUGACUAAUAGUGAAAUGGUCACAAACUUCUAAAGAUGUAUUAUUGCAAUUCUGGAAUAGUGUGAGUUUUUGACCAGAUAUAUAUGAACGUUGGUACAAAGUGUACAGUUUACGGUGGUAACUGAUUGUUUCUAAACUCUAAGGUAUUAAUUACACUAUUGCCAAUUUUAUACAAAUACUUAUAUAGUAUAUUUAUUUAGUUUAGUCGCUAUCAUGCAAUUUCGAAUAUAUUUGUAUAACAAUCAAAUCACACGCUUAAUAGUAAACUGAAUUAAUUCAAUGAUACAAAGUUUGGAAAAAUUAUUUGUAUCGAUUUGUUUUUCAAAAGUGUAUAACAUUUGUUUUAAUGAAGAUUUUCGUUAAGUGUGUGAAACAUUCUUAAUGUAAAUUGAAAUAGUUAAAGUUAAUUAUAAAUUCUGAAAUACUUAAUAAAUAUCAAUAAUAUAUUAUUUAUUAGUUUUGGAAUAUAAGGCAAUUGUUUGAAUAACAAUGGUAUAUAAAAUCUAUUUUUUUCAUAUAACCAGUUUUAAUAAUUAUCAUGUUUGUUUUCUUUAAAUACAUAACAAUAUGUAGGUAGAUUAAAUAAAACAAAACAACAUGAAAGAUGCCCAUUGAAAGUUCUCAAACAUU